UUUAACGACCAGCCGAGCCAUCGACUAAAGGGAUCACUCAGUUGCGUUCGGAAGGUCAAAAUGAAAGGUUGUUGCAUUCUGGUGAGCGGUCUGCUGCUUCUGGUCCAGGUUCAGGGGGCUUGGCUAUCGACGAAAGCAUCCAAGGAGGACAAGCUAUCCGGCGAUAUUUCCGUCUACUUCAAAACGUCGGAAGAUGAUAACAGCAUCCAGCCGUUCUGGUCUGACGCGGAACCGAUCCCAAUCAAGGCCACCAAAACCGUCGGAACGCAGCUGGUCUAUACCGUUGGCAAGCGGCAAGUAGGUGAUCGAUUGGUGGCGACGACGGCCGAUUCGAAAACCUAUUCGACGUUGCAGGAUGUGACACUGAAUUUGGCCUAUCCGCAGUCCGGAUUGGGAGCCAUCGUGACCUUUGCCCAGGUUGUGGUCAAUCAGAGUUCCAACAUCGGUAAGGGUUAUGUGGUGGCCGGAGGGAUUGGCCAGAGGUUCAUUCAUCUGGUAAUCGAAGCUCACAGUACUCAGUAUUUCACCUACAAUGCGCAGAUUUAUGGAGUUUGAUGGACGACUUGAAGCGAAUCAACUUUGGGGACUUCUAAACUCUAAAGAACAAUAAACAAUGUGUUCCAAAAUUUUCA